GUGGUAGUGGGGGAGGGGCAUGAGAGUUGUAACAUUCAACAUUUUGGCUAAGUCCCCUCAAUCUGUCAGACUUGCCUACUGCAGCUUUAAGCUGUGACCCCUAAUCUACAUGUAAGGUGUCAAGUCAGGGGUUCCUUUUAUUCGUAAUUAAUAACAAUUUAAGUAUCUUGAUUUUAUUUUUUAAAAUUCAGGGUUUCCUUGGUUAAGGGGGGAAAUGAAGGGGAAGUAAACAAGUUCAGUUCCUUUGUCCUUAAUCCGAUCUGCACAUUUCUACUUAAAAAAUACUUUAUUAUAGGGUUAUAGGGUUAUAUAGGUUAAACCUAAGGGUUUUAAGGUCAAAAGUAAGGGAUGCAAUUAAGGGGUUGUGUUUUGCAGUGUAUGGUAAGUCACUUUGGAUGAAACCAUCUGUUAGUUAACCAUGUUUUUGUGCAGACAGUGUUAUCCAAAGCCAUACAGAGUAAAGACUGUCUACCUUGUUACAAGUAGUUCUACUACUUCAGUCUGAAUAAAAGCAUAAUAAAGGUCAUUGGUCUGCAGGUUUGUUGUUGUUGUUGUUGUUACUAGGCAGUGAGCAUCAUUUUGCUUUGUCUGUCCUCUGUCUCCUCAUGAACUCCUCUUUGUUGAUAAUUUGAGUUUCCUCUUGAGCUACUGUCUUCAGCUCCUCUGUCAAAUUAGCUUCAGUUUGUCUGAGACUGGUCGUUCUAGUGUGGUCUUCUCUGGUAGUGUGGCUGACCGCUCACCUUUGACCUGACGGCAUCACUAUUAUACUGGUCACCCGCCGGUGACGCCAGCUGUAGUCGCUGAUCAGCAUAAACAGAAGCGUUGUUAAUAUGAAUACCUUUAUGUGUUUUUCUUUGUGUUUUAACAUGACAGGUUGCAAAGAUACAGACCUGUAAUUAGAUGGCUGCUGUAGUUUUGUCAGAGAGUUUGUUUCCCCCUCAAAAUAAUUUCAGUAAGCAAUAUCUGGGGUAAUGAAUCUUGACUUGUUUGUAGCCCCACUAGGUUACAAGAGAAGCAACAGGAGUUUUGACAUUAUUGGUACUGUAUAGGCCCUAGGGUAUGCCUACAGGCAUAACAAAGAAUCACUCUCGCUUGGCACUGGUCUCUCUUUGACACAAAGACAUUUUUUCUCAUGUUUUAUUCCAUUUAUCUUGUAAAUGUAAACAUAUGCGUGCAGGAAUCUUUUACAUGUGUCAGUGUGUGUGUUCACAGUUGUGUAGAUAGGUUACUUUACUGAUGUUUACUGGUCACUUUAGAUGCAUUUCCUUAUGUCACCGCUAGAGAGGAUUAUUGUUUUGUUAUGAUUGUAGAUGGGGAGUGUCUUAUGCACAACAGGACCAGGAAGCAGGCGCGGUGAAAUUGCAUUGGUUUCUCUCGGAUUGGUUUCUUUUCACUUUAUUAUAGUGCUUUUUUUAAAAUAACUAUUCUGUUGCGUCGACUGAAAGGCAGCACAUUGGUCUGCGACAGGCCAAUUUGUGUGUGAGAACAAGUUGUCCCUGCUCUCGACUUAACAGAGAAGCAAAUAGGUUGGUCAUGAGUUUGUCUUUAAUACAGGCUACUCAUUCCUUUAUUUUUGCAGUGACAAGCACAGCUGCUAUAUUGUAGACUACUUGUUUUAUAGUCCUUCUUUUCGCUUGAAUCUGAUUGUAAGUCUGACUAUAUCUCACAUCGUAGAACUAUGACCGUUUUCACCAACUGUGCCGUGGUCUUAGAACUAAAGGAUUUGCCUUUCAAGGAAAAGAAGAAAAUUCGUUUGGCCAUUACGGACAACGGAGGCAGCCUCUCCUAUGUGGUCAACAAGCAGUGUAGCUUCAUAGUGGUGAGCAGCCUGGGGAGUCUGAGCAACAACCGGCAGCGGAGCGCCUGGAAGCACCAGGUGCCGGUGGUGGGGCUCCAGUACGUGCAGGCUUGCCUGGAGCAGAAGGCCCUCCUGCCGGCCCUAGAGCACGUCCUGGUCCCUGUGACCCACCCAGCACCAACCAUUCAGCCAGUGAGACUGCUGACUGCUGAGGAGAAGUUCAAAGGUCAAGAUCCACCGCAGAUAAAGAUAGUAAAAAAUCAGGUCAAGGAUGACUCCAACUAUGUUUACAACCAUCGAAUCUACUGUGAGCGUGACAGAGACCUCCCUACGUACCCCUCUAACUUCCAGGUGGCCAAGUACUCCAUCCAUAGCACUGCUGCUGGGGGCGGUUGGUGUGUCCUGGAGCUACAGAGUGCUAUAUGGGAGCAGGGUCAUGUGUUCCGGGUUGUGCGCUACAUGAAACAGAGGGUGCUGGAGCGAGACCAGCUGGUGUUGUGCUCCUGCUCUGAGGAUGCUCUGGAGGUGUAUGGGCAGCUGCAGGACAGACUCAGAGCUGACAACUUCCAGCUGCAGAGACGCCUGCCUCCACAGCAUGAGGACAUGGGCUCUCCCAGCCUGAAGCAGCUGCUGCUGGAGGAGGAGCUGAACUGCAGCACUCUGUCACAGGAAGUGGGCGUGUUUGUGGAGCUGGUGUGGACUGAAGCACUGGGGAGUCUGACCAAAGUCCUCAAAGUGCCGGCCCUCAGCAUCAGCCCCAAUGAUGUGAGCCGUGCGGAGGGUUUGCUGCUGCAGGUGCGGAGGUCAGAGGGGGCGGCUGAGAGGAAGGUCCUGCUGGAGGAGCUUCACUCUGUGCUGCCCCACACACUGCCCCAUACCCUCCCUACUGCCAAGCUCACCUCUCAGGCACUGGACCUGUGUCAGGUGCUGAGGGACACGCUGUCUGUGAAUGAGGCGGUGAUGAGGAGCUCCAGUCCCUCCAGUGUGGGGAAGUACAGAGCCCUGGGCUGCAGCAUCGAGAGCCUCCCCCCUCAGAGCCCCGCCUACCAGACCGCCACUCAACUGCUGCAGCACCACGACAAGCAGGGGGAGAUUAAGAUUCACCAUGUGUUCCAUGUGCAGCGUGGGGCGGAGCUUCAGAUGUUCAGGGAGGAGCUUGGGAACAUUAAGCCCCUCCUCCACUCCACCAGUCCUGCCAGCUUUGUUGGAAUCCUCUCUCGGGGUCUCCUGCUGCCCCGUGUUGGAGUGGAGCAUCAUGGAGUCCAGCGCACAGAUGUGGGGCACCUGGGAGGAGGCAUCUACUUCAGCGACUCCUUCAGCACCAGUGUGAAGUACUCCAGGCCCGGUGUGACGGACGGCUCACGCCUGCUGUUGGUGUGUGAGGUGGCGCUGGGCUACUGUAGAGAGUUCCGGAAGAAGGACACCACCCUGACCAUCGCUCCUGAGGGCUACGACAGCGUCCAUGGGGUCCGCAGUACCCCCAGACAACACUCUGAAUUUGAGGACGAUGAGUACGUGGUGUUCAGCCCUGACCAGGUCCGGCUGAAGUAUGUGGUCCAGUACACACUGCCAGACGACCAGCUCAAGGACUUCCAGCCGUCUGUUGACACGUCUGUGGAAAACAUCCCUCCAGCAGGAACUUCUGACACAUUGGGCAGUGAGGACAGUGCGGGGUUUGAGGACGUUAAGAACCCGCUGGACAGCGUGACUGCUGGUCUCCUGGACAGCGCUGGACAGACACUCCCCCUGCAGGCCGUCCAUGUGAAGUGCAAGCUGGUGGAUCUGCUGUCUCAGGUCAUCAUCUUCCAGACGUACUCCAACCCGAACCCCACUCCCAUCGAGGCCAAGUAUGUUUUCCCCCUGGAAGAGUCUGCUGCUGUGUGUGGCUUUGAGGCCUUCAUCAACGGGAAGCACGUGAUCGGACAGGUGAAGGAGCAGGAGCAGGCCCGUAAGGACUACAAGCAGGCCGUAGAGAUGGGCCACGGAGCUUACCUCAUGCACCAGGAGGCUCCUGAUGUGUUCACCAUCAGUGUGGGGAAUCUUCCACCUGGUGCCACCGUCCUCAUCAAGGUCACCUUCAUCUCUGAGCUGCUGGUGAAGGCUGACUCAAUCUUCUUCCAGUUGCCUGGCAGCGUGGCACCAUGGCAACAAAGUGCUGCGCUCAAUGAGAGGACACAGGGUACUGUGGAGAAGGUGUGUGUGAGUGAACUCAAUGGGGUCUUCUCUCUCAGUCUGUCCAUUGAGAUGCCUUAUGAGAUCAUCAAUCUGCACUGUGAUACACACCGUAUUCAGACCAAGAGAACGGACUGUAAGGCGGUGGUAAGCACGUUGCCCGGGGAGACACUUGGUUCUGACGGGUUCCACCUCUACAUCACUCUGUCUGAGAUGCACAUGCCCCGCAUGUGGGUGGAGAACCACCCUGAUAAAGACAGCCAGGCCUGUAUGCUGGUGUUCUACCCCGAUUUCGGGCCCCCCCAUAGGGCCGGAGAGGAGCCCAGCCCUGGUCCUGCUGGUGCUGCUGGUCCUGGGGGCCGUGGGGUGCAGGAGGUGCUGCUCCUGCUGGACUGCUCUGAGUCCAUGCGGGGGGAGGCCCUGCUGAACGCACGGCACAUCGCCCUGCACCUCCUGAGCAAACUGGAUAAGAAACUCAAGAUCAACAUUGUGCUGUUUGGGACAGAUCAUAAGGAUGCCUUCAUGUUCUCCAAAGUUCUAGGAGAUGCAUAUGAACCAGCCAAGAAGUUCAUCAAGACCUCCCCACCAGUUGGGGGCAGCACUGAGCUGUGGCGGCCCCUGCGCAGCCUGAGUCUGCUGCCUCCAUCCCGGGGCAGCAGGAGCCUGGUGCUGCUGUCUGACGGCCACGUGCAAAACCCCACCCUCACCCUGCAGCUGGUCCGCAACAACGCUGCACAUACGCGUCUCUUCACCUGCGGCCUCAGUAAAACGGCCAACAGACACAUGCUUCGUGCUCUUGCCCAAGCAGGUGGUGGAGCCUGUGAGUUCUUUGACACAAAGACCCGACACACAUGGUCAGAGAAGGUGGCGUCGCAGGUGAGGCGCUUGGCGUCUCCAGGCUGCGGCUCGGUGGCGGUGAAGUGGCAGCUGUUCAGCCCAGCAGCGCCCCCUCCUGUUCAGGCCCCUGCACAGGUCCACGCCCUCUUCAGCAACUGCCACACCUUGGUCUACGGCUUCGUACCCCACUGCACACAGGCCACUCUCUAUGGGGACCUGUGUGGCCAGGAGAUUAAGACCAUGGUGUCCACCACAGAACUGCAGAAGACUAAGGGCACGUUCCUUCACAAGCUCACAGCAAGAGCAGUCAUUAGAGAUUAUGAGGAUGGCAUUCUUCACAUGGAUGAAGCUGAACAUGAGGGGAAGAAAGUGCAGACGAAGUCCUUCAUCGUGGAGCUCAGCAAAGAGUUCUCCGUCCUCUCCCAGUUCACCAGCUUUGUGGCCAUCGAGGAGAGGGAUGCACAGAAGUCUGAUGAGGGCUUCACAGACAUCCCCAAACUGAUUGCAGAGGAGGACGUGGACCUGCUGCCCUACAUGGGCUGGGAAGAUGAAGAGGAGAGACUGAAGGAGGAAGAGGAGGAUCUUGGUUAUUUGUGCGGUCCCUGCUCAUCGAGUUCUGAAGAGGAAGAGUCUCACGAUGAUAUGAUGCACUCUGUUUCUGAUUUGGAGGAAGAUAUGGGCUUUGGGCUUUUUGAAGAAGAAGAGAUUCAUGGCGGUAUUGUGGCGCAGGAAGAUAUUUCAUCUCCCCCUUUCCCCUCAGAAUUGCAGAGGAGUUUACGCCGCGUGGAUAGAAGCCAGACCCGUGUUCGUGCUCGUGCUCGUGCUCGUGCUCGUGCCGCUCCCCGUGGUAAGGGCAUAAUAGAUGACCAUGCAGAAGGAGCGGGCACUCCCGGACAUGCUGAUGCUGCCCCGGCCCCAACUCCCUCGAAUGCCCUCCCCCUUCUCGGAUUCCUGCCCUCUCAAUCCAUACCCUCUGGCCCUCUCUUCUCUGCCCAUGCCCCUCCUCCUGCUGUUCGUCGCCUCUCCCAGAGGGCUUCCGGCUACGCAGCGUUUGGUUCCUCCUCACGAUCUGUGCCCCCUCCGCAGCCCUUUCUGCAGCAGCAGUGGAUGAACCAGAUGUCACGUGCUUUUGGCCGUGCUACCUUUGGCGGUGCUCCACCUCCCCCUCCCCCUCCACCUCCACCUCCCACCACCCAGGGCUUCACCCUCGAUGCUGAACACUUUGUUGGCUUUGGUCCCGGCGUUCAGUGCCCCCCCCUAGGUGCUGGGCCCCCUCGGGGUUCCGGGGGCUCCGGUCCUCCUCCUGUCUCCGAUUGCCUCUUCAGUGCUCCAGGCUCUGUCAUGGCUGAUCUUUUUCCACCUCCCCUGUCUUCUGUCACUGAGGCUGCUACUCUUGCUCUUGCCCCUCUCCCUGUCUGUGGAGAUGCACAUGUAGGCCCACUUGGAGAGGACAUUGGGACCUGGAGACUCAGCAAACUCACAUCAUUGGGCGUAGAGAAGGCUCCUGACUCUGACGUGGCAGUGGAAGGGGGGGAGGUGGACUCUGCGGCGUCUGUCCUUCUGUCCCCGCCAGCAGGCGCACCAGAUCGAGACGACUCUCAGGCCUCAGGCUCACGUUUGGGCAGGAGCCGUAGAUUUCCACCAAAAAAGCGGGCAAUAGAGGUCCUCCGAGCUGAAGAUGCAGGUAGACGUCAAAGGCAGGGCAGAAGGCUCAGCCCCAGUGCAUCAUGGGAACAGCUGGCAUGUCACCAGAACCCUGAGGGUUACUGGGAAUGCACUGCUGAAGUGGGAUUGCUCCUGGGUAUGGAUCUGAACUUCUUUGCCAACGUUUUUCUAAAAGAAAAGGGCAUCUCUUCUCUGGGCCCCAAGGCCCAGGCUGCCAUCCUGAGGCUGGUGUCCACCCUGCUGGUAUAUAAGGAUAUAAUAUAACUUUAAAUACUUGUGUGUGUGUCUGUGUCUGUGUGUGUGUGUGUGUGUGUGUGUGUGUGUGUUGUCUAUCAGGUCCCAAGGCCCAGGCUGCCAUCCUGAGGCUGGUGUCCACCCUGCUGGUAUAUAAGGAUAUAAUAUAACUUUAAAUACUUGUGUGUGUGUGUGUGUUUGUGUGUGUGUGUGUGCGUGUGUGUGUGUUGUCUAUCAGGCCCCAAGGCCCAGGCUGCCAUCCUGAGGCUGGUGUCCACCCUGCUGGUAUAUAAGGAUAUAAUAUAACUUUAAAUACUUGUGUGUGUGUUUGUGUGUGCGUGUGUGUGUGUGUUGU